GUUUCCUUAAGCUCAAACACUGCCGUUUGAGGUUAAGCAUAAAACCCCAAAAUCCUCAUCUUUGCUUCAUUAUUCCAUUCCAUACUUCUCUCUCUACAAACCAUUUAACUACUCUUCAAACUUCUUCAGACAGCCUCAAAAUUAAAAUUCCAGAAAUUAGUGACCCUUCCUAGAAUCCUGCAAGCUCGCCGUCACGUCCGCCGUUCGAUGACCGUCGGCCUUCUUCCUCUGUGUAGCCUCACCCAAGCUCAGCCACUGUCUAAGCCACCACUUUUCGUUGUCGACGACACAAAAUCAAUCCUCUUCUUCUACAAGACUAAAACCCAAAAGAACAAUCUCAAACCAAACGGAGCCAGAGACCCAAAAAUUGACUUCUGCUCUCGAGCGAUUCCAUUGGUAAUGUCUGUGUGUUGUGGUAUAUUGGAUUGAUUGUAUCGAGUUGCUAAUUGUUAAUGCCUGCUGCCUUGAUCCUGGGUUUCUCUUGCUUUUUGCUGGUGUGUCUAACUAUCUGAGUUGUUUGUGCUGCUUCGAUUAUAGGCCGUGUUUACUGGUUUUCGGGUUUGGGUUGAUUUUCGGGGCUUGCUGGUUCUGGGUUUAGUGCUGGGAUUGUGAUGUUGAACCGCUUCUUGAUUUUGGGAAUUGAGCCGUUUGUGUGCUUUUCUGAUUCCAGCUCUAUUGUGGCUGCUUGUAUUGUGCUUCUGCCUGUGUAUGAUGGUUUGCGUCUGAGAAUCAAGCUUGAAUACCGAACUCUGCCUUUGCUGGGAAUUGCUCCUGUAUUAUCUUUAGUUUCUUGCCUCUGUGAUUGAUGCUGGAGUCAUGUUAGGUUUGGCACUAGAAGGAUCCCAAUUUGAUGCUCGUCAAUAUGAUCAGAAUAUGAGUGAGAAAAAAACCGUUCCAUUGAAAUGGAAACCAGUCAGAUCAAUGGAAUUGACCCUAUCCUCGGCUCUUGAAGAAAUCUGUGCUCAAGGCCGCGAUGGCCUCGCCUUAUCCACCCUCUGCUCGAAGCUUGACCUGAGUGUCGAAUUUAGACGAGUCUUGUGGAACAACCUACUUAAAAUUCCAACAGUUCAAUUUCAAGUGGCAAAAAAUGUUUACGAUCGCGACGACCCUUCAAUUCAAUGCUUUGAGGAUGCAGAAAAGCUAGAUUUGAUUAUUGUUGCUAAGGACAAACUUCGUGAUAAUUUUUUGGGCAUUUACGAUUUCUCUCUGGAAUGUGACAAAAAAGAGUUUCGUCAACAACGCCUUGCUCUUGAACGCAUCGCCAUUGCUAGAAAAAAUGGGAUAACUCAAAGCCAGCUUAGCAAGGAAUUUGGAAUUGAAGGUAACAAAAUUUUUUAUUUGGUAAAGGGGCUUGAGAAAAGAGGCUUAAUUAUAAGGCAAGAGGCAGUUGAUAGAACAAGAGGAGCUGGCAAACAAGGUCAAUGCACAAGGUUAAUUCAUUUAUAUCGUUAUGCAAGGCAUUUGGGAUCUCAAGAGAAAUUUGAGAUAACCAAAGAGGAAGAGACUGAAGGUAAAGAGGAUUCGAACAUUGAACGUGUUAAAGAGGAUGUGCUUGUAAAAGAUUAUGUACCAUCCAUGAAAGCCAUCUGUGAUAAACUUGAAGAAGCUAAUUCCAAGGUUCUUGUCAUUUCAGAUAUUAAACAUGAUCUUGGCUAUAGUGGGAAACAGUCAAAGCAUAAAUGGGAAAAUAUAUGUGGCAGAUUGAAAAAUGCUGGUGUAGUAGAGGAGAUUUAUGUAAAAGUGAAUGGGAAGGAUGAGCGCUGCCUACAUCUGCUAAAAAAAUUUUCCCAGAUGGAUUUUGAGCAAAAAACAAUUAGAUAUGUUGAAGGCAAAGAGAUGAAAAUGGGAAGAUGCCAAAUAGCUAACCAGCUUGUGGAGCUUCCCAUUGAGCAUCAGAUUUAUGAUGCAAUUGAUGCUGCAGGAUUCAAGGGGAUGCUUAUUACAGAGGUAGGCAGGAGGUUUGGAAUUGAUAGGAAGACAAAUCACAAAAAUUGUUGUAUUAUGAGCAGUAAAUUUGGGAUGCCUAUGCAGGGGGAACUUCAUAACAAAACUCGUGAAUACAGAAUUCGGACAGCCAGGAACUGUAAAUUAUCUGAUGUAAUUCCAAGUAGAUCAAAAGACCUUUUCAGCAAAAAUUCUAGUUUGGGUGUUGUCAAUCCCAGGAUUUUAGAUGGAUCAGCCCAAUGCUCACAUCUUUUGAAUUCUGAAAGUGAUACCCUGUGGAAAACAAACAAAAAUGAAAAUGAAAUAGAGCUCACUUCUUGCUCUAGAAAAGAUAGUGAGAAAAGCAAUAGUAUCUCCAAUACUUGCAAAUCCCAAGAGUUAAUGCAUGAAACAGAAAAAGUGUUUUCCAACACAGGAGUCCAUUUAGUGAAGAGUGCAACAAUGACGCUUAAGCCCUGUCAAUCUUUGACAGUUGAUGGCACCCUGAGAGAGCAGAGAAUACUUGAAUGGUUACAGGUUGAGAAGAUUGUCUUGAGAGCAGAGCUAUAUAGGUUGCUUGUGAAUCUUGAGAAGGACAAAGGCACAACAAUGGACAGGAAAACUGUAGACAGAAUAUUGUGCAAGCUUGAAAAACAAGGGCAAUGCAAAUGUAUACACCUAGCUGUACGUGAGAUUAUGAACACUGGUGUUAACCGGAAAGUCAAGGUGGUCCUGCACCCAUCUAUUCAAAGUUUAUCUUCUGAAGUACUAGGUAGAAUUCGUGAUAGACUCGCAUCUUUUGACAAACAAACUCAUGGUCAUGCCUCAUUCAGGAAGAACAUUAGCUCAAUUCUUGUAUUGGAUAGUGUACAAAGAACUCAAACUCGAGAGAGUUCUGAUUCUCUAGCUCUUAGAAUGGAAGCCAUGCGUGCUAAUGGUUUCAUAUCGGGAAAAAUGGUUCGGGCAAAGCUGCUGCAUAGAUUUCUCUGGGAAUAUGUAUGUAGUUCAUCUGCUGGGGAUGAUGUUUUAUCAUAUGGGAGACAAGAUCAUGAUCUACAAAAUCCUUAUGUCACUUGCAAUCUGUUUGAUGUGGAAGUAGCUAUCAAGGAAAUUCCACUUGAGCUAUACCUUCAAGUUGUGGGUUCUACUGUUAAAGUUGACAACAUGAUAGAGAAGUUUAAGAAGGGAGUAUGUUUAUGUGAUCUUUCUAUUCAGGAGUAUAAUGAUCUAAAUAAAACUCCUGCAAUUAGGAGACUAUCAUCGAUUAUAUCUAUUUUACAGCGGUUGAAGUUGAUUCGGUUGGUAACUAGUGGAAGUUCUGAUGAUGGAGUCACUUUUCCACAUGCCAGUCCUGUUUAUGCCCUGGAGCUUAAGACUUGUAUAGAGGAACCACCAUUAAUUGCAGCACAUUUUGGAUCUUUUGAUCUUUGCCCAGACAGAGAUGCCGGACAUGAGAUUAUCAGACAUGAGUUUAUCCUCUCAAACAGAGAUGCUAUUGAUGAAUAUUGGCAAGUUUUGGAAUAUACUUAUGCAGUGGUUGAUCCAAAAGCUGCUUUACAUGCAUUCCCUGGGUCCACUGUUCAUGAGAUUUUUGGUCACAAGUCAUGGGCCUCAGUUCGAGGAAUGACUGCUGCUGAGCAGGCAAAGGUACUGAAACUUAUAGCCAAGAGCAACUUCAAUGAAAAACUUCGAUACAAAAGAUGUAAGGAGAUUGCAAACAAUCUAAAUCUCACCUUGGAGCAGGUGCUUCGUGUGUGUUAUGCUAAGCUCCGACGUUGCAACAAAUUUCAGGAUAAUUUAAAUGCUGUGGAGGCAGAAUGCCAACCAAUGGAAAGUAGUUCCUUUUCUCGGAAAAGGAAAGGAUCUGCGAAAGCUAGAGCUUUAAAACAUAGAAAAGUUGAUAACGAGACUGAACCAUUUUGUCACCAAAACCUUCCUAGAUCAGCUGGAAGUGAUAAAGAUUUCACAGGAGAAGAAAAUUUUAUUUCAGCCUCUCCCCCAGAGCAUGAAACUCAGUUGGAAGAACAUCAAGAGGAAGAUCAUUGGAAGACUUCUGAAAAGCCUGCAGUAAAUGGAGACAAGUAUCAUUCCUCUACUAACCAUUUGGCCUUUUCCAAGAAGAAGUCAGCACGUCAAAGAAGGUUUCCAUGGACAGAUGAAGCAGACAGGCUAUUGGUAACUCAAUAUGUAAAACACAGAGUAGGUCUUCGAGCAAAAUUUUAUGACAAAGGCAGGGCCUUACUUCACAACCUUCCAGCACCUCCAAGUGUUUGCAGAAGAAGAAUGUCAUUCCUAAAGCAGAAAAGAAGAUUCAGGGAAUCUUUAAUGAGCCUUUGUAAUAUGCUUAGAGAACAACACGAGAAGCAUCUGGAUGAAUUGGAGAGCAGGUCAAUGGAUGAUGAUGAUGAUUGUGGACCCCAUAUACCAUCUUCAUCAGGAGCAGGUAUUUACAGGAGAUUGUUUGAAGGCAUUGAAUGCAAUCAAAACAGAGGUGUCCAGAAAGAAGACUGUGAUUGUUUUAACGAGGAAAAUAUUAAUUUUGCCUUGGAAGAGGUUCUUCGGAGCAGGCAGGGGGCUAUGUUGGAGGCCUCCAGCAAUGGAAAUGUCUGUGACUCUCAAUUUCCACCACAUACAGGAAGCAGUGCUGCUAAAUUUUCACGGUGGCUUCGUGAAUGUGAAAAAGAUUUUAUGAGUGGAGGAAUUGAUCUCACUAUAGAUUUACAGUGUGGAGAGAUUUUUCAUUUGUUUGCAUUAGUUUCUUCAGGUGAACUGUUCAUUGCUCCAUGUGUUCCGGUUCAAGGUGUUGGAGAAGCCGAAUUUAUUAGAAGCUUAAAACACCCCUCUGUUUUCAAUGACUCCAUUGAUAGUCGCCGAGAAAAAGGUUUUCCUGGCAUCAAGUUAUCUGUGCAUCGAACACCGAUGCCAAGAGCUGUUUCUCUAGAAUCAUCAUUCAAGAACGGGGAGAAGUUUAGAAAUGAACAUUUUGAUGAUGGAAAUUAUAUAGGUGGCUAUUCUGCAACUCUUGAAGUUGGCAGCAAUUCAUCACAAUCUGAAAUUAUUAAGGAAAACCUCAAUUUGGGAAGCACUGUUCCUACACCUGGGGUUUCUUGUGAAUCACCUUGGGAACUGAUGGUUGGUUAUGCUACACAUUUGAUGCCAUUAUCUUCCAGUCAAGAACAUGCUGGUACUUUGUCUCCUGAGGUCUUUAAAGCUGUCUACGCUGCCAUCCAGAAGGCUGGUGAUGAAGGUUUGGCCAUUAGAGAAGUUUCCAGAGUUACGAAUACAUUAGGAGAACAAAUGGCUGAACUUGUCAUUGAUGUACUUCAAAAGUUUGGACAAGCAGAAAAGGUCAGAUUUGAUGGUUCACUUUGUGUCAUUGCUGGAUCAACAAAGAAGCCCUCAAGCAUAUGCAAGAAUGGCAAUGAUGUGCAAAAAUUCACCAUUUUCAAUCGUCAUGAUGAUGUUGGUUCAUUGCUUGAUGAAUCUGACACCAUUAAUUUGCAUGAAGAUUCUAUGCAUUGCAAUGUUGUAUUACCAGGACCAAAUGAUAAACAUGAUCUACCUGAAGGCUCCAAAUGUUAUGAUGCAAAUGGAAUCAACAAGAAGAAAAUACAUAAGAGAAUCAUUUGUCAGGCUUUUCGUAUUGUGAUGCAAAAUCCAGGAAUAUUGGAGGAUGAUAUUAUUCGCAAAAUGGACUUGCCAAACGCCCAGCACUGUAAGAAGCUAUUAAGGAUGAUGGUUCGGAACAAAUACCUUAUUGUGAAGAAGCAUCAAAGUACUCCUACCACAGUCCCAGCUCUUUUCAGAACCUUGAUUGGAGGCAACUUAACAAAAUCAGGAUUAAUUUAUCGUGAGCAUUUUUUUGCCAACCCUAUGCGUACAUCUCUAUUGUAGGAAAGUUUAUUUAGUUUUAAUAUAUAAACAAUGCUGAAUAA